CUUCGUGUUUCGAUGCCCUUUUAAACCACAGACUGCGCCAUGUUAAACGCGCCGUCGGUUACCACCUUCAUACGGUCAGUCGGAAGCGUUAUUGUCUGUAAUAUACGGUUCUUGAUUGUUCUUCAGUUAAGCUUUAUUUUAAGAUUUAUUAUGUUGACUCGUUACGAACCUGAACGUCAACUUGAGGAGACACAGCAGCUUCCGGGAGAGAUGGAGGAGCUCUACACCUUAGAGAGGGAGGUGGGUCGAGGCAGUUACGGCGUGGUGUUUGAGGGCCGUAUGGCCAAAACUGGACAGAAGGUGGCUAUUAAGCGGCUGCCCUGCAGCAACCCAGAGUGUAUUGAACUCUACUUGCAAGAGCUGUGGGCCAUGAGAACCACAGCCAGGAACCACGUCAAUGUCAUUGCACUGCACAGCUGCCUCCUGCAGACGGGGUCCAGGAGCCUGAAGACCUUAAAACCAGGAAAACUGCCCCUGCGUCUGGUUGAGAGUGUGCUCAAAGGAAGUGUGGUCACAGCAAAGCAAAGUCAGGAAAGGACCAAUCCUCAGUCUAACACCAGGAGGACAAACUCUGGCUUCAGACUGCAGGACAGGACUAACACUGUGCAGGCCAGAGCUCAUCUCCAUAACAAUGAUGAAUCAAAUGCAUCUGAUUCCACAACCCCUCAAAGGCCUCAGAGCAGAGUCAGGAAGAGACCGGCCCCGAGGGAGGAAGAGCAGACUGCGCCGCUGCGCUGCUUGGCCCUGUGGCUCGUGAUGGAGUACUGUGAUGGAGGAGACUUGAAUCAGUACCUGCUCUCCAGGCCCCCAGAUGCUCAGCGUAACCACAGCGUGGUGCAACAGCUGUGCAGCGCCGUGGCCUUCCUACAUAGCCUGGGAAUCACCCACCGGGACCUGAAACCUGACAAUGUGCUGGUGUGUGUGACACCAAAAGGCCCCGUCGUCAAGGUGGCAGAUUUUGGUCUGAGCAAAAUGAGUGAGGGCUCCGUGGAUGGCGGCCUGACCAGACAGCACUUCUCCUCCACCUGUGGUUCGGACUUCUACAUGGCUCCAGAGGUGUGGGGCGGGCUGACCUACACGGCCCAGGCAGACAUAUUCUCUCUGGGCGUGAUGUUUUGGGCGGUCCUGGAGAGAAUCACCUUUCUGGAAGAAGGGACGACUCAGGAACAACUGGGUAAGCGUCUCUCUGAGAGAAGACGUCACCAUAAGCCUCUGCCUCACUAUUUGGCGCACUCACAGGAAGGUGGGAAAGGUUGAGUGUGCGGUCAGCCUGGUGAUGAUGCAUCGCGCUGAAUCCAGUUUGCCUUAAUUAAGUGGCACAUAUUAAAAAUGUCAGCUGCUAUACAUCAUUCAUUUAUCAAGCAUGGAUGGUACGAUCAUAGAUCUAAAUAGCAAAAAGAUGAAUGAUGAUUUAUGCAAUGCUGAUGUGGAUUAUAG